CUACCAAAUGACAGAGCAGGAAUUGGUAAUGGCUUCGUCGCCAACAGACGCGGGUAUUGGUUGUUGGGAGCUACAUACUGGCGCCGAACACCUCCGUUAUCGAACUUGCUCCUCUCCUUCCCACGGCCUCACUUGUGUUGGCGGCCGCUUUCUCGCUUCUUCUCAACUCCGUGAAACUAAAUCUUCUUCAGGCUCUAUCCUUUACUGGUCCUGGAAUAAGCCUCAAGUGGAAGUUAAAAGCUUCCCUGCGGAACCUAUAAAUCCACUUGUUUCGAACAGUGAAGGAACUUAUAUAGCCGGAGGAGGUGCAUCCGGUGAUAUAUUCUUGUGGCAGGUUGCGACUGGUAAACUACUUAAGAAGUGGCACGCUCACUAUAGGGGAGUUACUUGCUUGAUAUUCAAUGAUGACCAAUCCCUUCUGAUUUCUGGUUCAGAGGAUGGAUCUGUUCGAGUUUGGUCUCUUAUAAUGAUAUUUGAUGACGUAUUGAGGGGGAAAGCAAAACAGUCUUAUGAAUAUAGUUUCUCCGAGCAUUCUUUGAAGGUGACUGAUGUUGUGAUUGGAUACGGUGGAGCUAAUGCAAUUAUUGUUUCUGCUUCAGAAGAUAGAACUUGCAAGGUUUGGAGUCUUUCAAAGGGAAAAUUGUUGAGAAACAUUGUGUUUCCGUCAAUAAUUGAUGCAAUUGCAUUGGACCACGGGGAAGAUGUCUUCUAUGCUGGUGGUAGAGAUGGGAAAAUAUACAUAGCUGCACUAAAUGCUGUUGCUGACCCCAACAGUAAUUAUGGAUUGCACAUUCUUGGUUGUCUGUCUGAGCAAAGUAAGGCGAUUACAUGCUUAGCAUUAAGUACGGACGGGGGAUUGCUAAUUUCUGGAUCAGAGGAUGGCAUGGUUCGAGUUUGGAACACCAAAAACCAUAACAUCGCCCGAAUUUUUAGGCAUGCAAAAGGUCCAGUUAACAAUAUUGUUGUUGUUAGACAACCAUCUUUUCUGAGUACCAGAGGAUCUGUGAAUUCUCAAAUGCCCUCCAUAAAGAGACAUGGGGUGUCAUUAGCUCCACCAUUGGAAAAGUAUGCUAACUCAGCAGAUGAAAAUGACUAUAAGGCGGUAAUUGGCCCCAGGAUCGAUCCUGAAAGAUCUGCUGAAGCUUCAUAUAUCAGUAUUCAGACACUAAAUAAUCAAAUCUUGGAGCUUCAGAGACAAGGGUCUUCUGCUGCUGCUGAAAUGGAGAUCGAAAGGCUAAAACUCGACCGCGGCAGGUCCAUGCAAGUGAUUCAGCAGUGGGAAAAGAAGUUUGAAAGUCUACAUCAGUUUUGUGUAACCGAGCUAUUGGAUGGGGAACAAGCUGGAAAUGCUUAGGGACAGUCUAAUAACAUAUUUUUCUAAAACAUGGUGAGAGGAAGGGAGGAAAGGGGAAGGGGAAGCUACUUAUGGGAUUUGAACCUUGCUACCUGCAUGAUGGAAAGUGAGUGUGCUCACCAAGUGAACCGGCUCUCCACCCAGCCCAUGACAUAUGGAUUCCUACCUGCAGCAGCUUAAAUUUUUUCGUAAUAUGAUUUAGCUGUGAUCAGUUAUGACAAUAUUGAUAAAAUUUGAUUGUGUUUUACUAGAAGUUUGCCAUGAACAAAUAUAUUUAAAUUAUUAAGUUUUAAGGCUCUAGCUAGCAUUUGGGCUCAGUCGAAUGCAAUGGGCCAUGUCUUUUUUAUUGCAAUUUGUAGCAUAUUCUCGUGAAAUCGUGUUCACCUGAGUUCGACGACUCCCUUUAGAUUGUA